GCAAAAUCAGAGGACUUAAAAAUCCAUUUAUUAAAAGAAAAUAUUGGACAACAUGGUCUACAUGCCAUAGAUGCAAUUAAUAAAAACUACAAUGGAAAAGCUUUAAAUAAUUUAGAAAUAUUAUUAGAGAAACUUAAUAUAUUCUUCAAAGUUCCAAAAAGUGAAGUUGUAGAACGAUACAACUUUUUCACUCAAUCACUUAAGAAAGGUCAAUCAAUUGAUAACUACAUACUUGAAUUGAAGGAGAAAGCAGAAACUUGUAAAUUUGAAAGCUUAACAGACAGUUUAAUUAGAGAUAAAGUAAUUACAGAUAUAAAAGACAAACAGCUUGUGUCAAAACUACUGAAAACAGAAGAUCUCAAUUUGAUCAAAUUAAUGUCCAUUUGUCAUGAUUAUGACAAACUUAAGCAAGCACAGAUUGAAGCUUCUAAAAAGAAUGUUAAUUUAAUAAAAUCGAAUACUGAUAAUGAAACUAAGACAAGUCCUAAAAAUGAUAACAGUAAUAUUAAGAAAAUCGAUAAUCAAAAUUGUGAGACUAAACCUAUGGAGUUCAAACGAAAUUGUCGGAAAUGUAAUCAAAAACAUAAGCUGAAAGCUUGUCCUGCUUGGGGAUACAAGUGUGAGAAGUGUGGUGAGCGUCAUCACUUUACUCAUUGUUGUCCAAUGAACAUAUUAAAUAUUAAUGAGAGAGAGAUAAAUCCAGUAUCAGGCAUAUCAAAUCGCAAUAUCAAUCACCAAAACAAUGCAUCAAAGCCCUCUUUUGGAAUUCCAAACAAUAUGAGAAGAGCAUAUAUGGGUCCCAGUGCUCCACCUAUUUCUGAAAUUGAUAAUACCUUAUAUCCGAAUCUAAAUGAUUAUAAAAAACCAGCUAAAAAUGUGAUAAAUCAAGAUAUUAAGUAUAAUGAAACGCUCCAAAAAAAUACACCACCAUUGCCUCCAAAUCCUAGAGCACGUGAUGGCAAUAUACAUAAUACACCAAUUAAUCCAACUAAAUCAAAUGAGGCGAAUUCAAAAGACUCGUGUAGGAUAUCGUAAUAAUAAAUAAACAAGUUUAAAUAUUUUCAAAAUACAAUAUGAAUUUAUGUUGGUUAUAAUUUGAAUAAUUUAGAAAACUGAAGUACAUGUUUAUUAGCAGUAAGAAAACAAAUUUAUAUAUUAGAAUUAUGUAUUAUGAGCAACAGUAAAUAAAUUUUAACUUUGAUAUACAA